CUAACUGAAUAUAAGCCAGCAGUAAAAAAAAUUAAUAUAAAAAGCAAACUGUUUCAUAGUAUUUUUGAUAUUCAAAAUACUGGUUUUGCAGAAUUCGUCGAAAAAAUCCUAAUCAUUAGACACUGACAAAAGGCCAUUUUUAAGGUUAAGGAACCCAAAAGAAGAUGGCAAAACUGAACUGGAUUCCAUUUAUUCUGUUUCUUUUAGUAGCCAUUGAAUGUGGAAUAACGCAAUUAAUUUUUGAUGACCAGGAAAGCUUUGCUGAACCUUCAAAACACGUGGAUCAACAGGUAAAGAAUCUUUUGCUGUCAAAAUUUGCUUCAACUGACUUCGAAAUAGGCAGAAUGUUAAAUGACAUGAAAAAGCAAAUUACCAGUGACUUGGAAUCUAAAUUGCUGUUGAAUGUAAACAAUCGUAUUUCUAAAAUGGAGGAUGAAAUACGAAUAAUGAAGGAAAACUGCGCAUUAAAAGAAAACAGUGAACAUGAAUUGACUACAAGUAUUACAGACACAUUAAACUCGAAAUUAAAUUUCAGUCUUAAGGAAAUGGGCCUUUCUAAUAAUGUGUCGUAUAAUUCAUUAGAAGAAAAAAUGUCAAAUUUGACAAAGAACUUAAAAAUCAAACUAGACCGAUUGGAACCAAAAGUAGCCGAGCUUGAAAACAAUGUCUCGAUUUUACAUUCAGAGUUUGAAGAUAAACUUAAUACCAGUCUAGAAUUUUUCCAAAUGAAAACAAAUAAGAGUGAACAUUUUUUUAAGGAAAGCAAUGCAUUCGCUGUUGACAAUUCUGUAAGAAUGAAACAGCAACUUGAAACUGAUUUCAAUGAAAAGUUAUUGUCAUUUUUAACAAAUAUCACCAACUUGAUACAGAUCACAAAUGAUCGGCUGGACCUUGAAAGUUUUAAUAACAGUGUUACGAUGUCUUUAUUUGAACAAAAAAUGCGAGAUUUACAAACUGAAGAAAAGGAGUUGAUAACGAAUAUAACUGAAACUUUUGACUCAAAAAUUAAUGCAAAAUUUCUAGAAACAAGCCUUACAAUGAACAAAUCGUUCGGUUUAGUAGACGAAAAGAUGUCAAGUCUCGCAGAAAGCACGAAAGUCAAAAUAGACCGAUCGGAAUCAAAAAUAGCUGAAAUUGGACAAAAUGUUUCAAUUUUGCAAUCAAACUUUCAGGAGGAAUUCAAUAACAGUUUGACAAGUAUCCGAAUGGAAGUUAUAACAACAGAAGAAAAUCUUCAGAAAAACGUUUCGAUGGCAGUUAAUAAUUCUAUAAGAAUGAUCCAGCAACUUGAAACCUAUUUCAAUGAUCAGUUAUCGUUAUAUGUAAAAAACUUCACAGAUAUGAUUCAUAUUACAAAUAUACGCGUUGAACUGGAAAGUUAUAACCAAAAUUCGACAACGCUUUCAUUGGAACAAAAAAUAAACCAACUACAAAAGGACAAAUAUAACAUAGAAGAUGAAUUAAUGACAACAAAAACAGAUUUGUCACUGUUAAAAAGACAAGGCAUAGUUGAAAGGCGCGCCUUACAGUAUCAGCUGAAUGAAAAUCAUAAAGAAGUUUCUACUUGGAUGAACGGCACACGAAAAGAGCAAGAGAACAUGUUUGAUGUAUUUGCUAAUAACUUGUCAGACGUAGUAGCUUUGGCUUUGCAACAAAUGUCUCAUGUAAAUGAUUCAUUUUAUCAUAAAACCAGUGUAAUUCAAAAACAGUUUCAUUCAAUCAUUCAAAAUGUUUCAAAUACCUCAGCUAAGGUAAAGCAACUUGAAUUAAAAACAAUUCAAGGCAUUAGAAAUCUUGGCACAGAAACUAACAAAACCGCAGAACAAGUUUUAAAAUUUGAGGUUGAUUUUAAUUCAUGUAAAAGACAAAUGGAAGAACUCGAAAAGUAUCAGAAUGUUCUUGAGGUACAGAAUAACAUCACCUUUGAACAGAUGGGGUUGAUUAAAGGAAACAUAUCGAUAUGGAACAAACAACUUCAAACAGCAAUCGAUUUAAACAAUGACGUCAAAGCUGAAAAGAAUAGAACGAUUCUAGAGUUCAAUCGAGUAAUGGUGAAUAUAUCAAAUAUACGGAAUACCAUUCGUGGUUUCGAGACAUACCAUGCCAACCAAAAUUCAAGAUUAGGAAGCAUUGAGAGACGUCAAACAAACAUUUCCUCAACCCUUUCCAACUUAAGAAAUUCCAUGAAUUACGUUGGUAUGGGUUUAAUUCGCUUGAAAAAUGGUGGCAGCACCUAUGGUAGGGUAGAACUAUAUUACAAUGGGGCAUGGGGCACUGUUUGUGACGAUUCAUGGGACAGCAACGAUGCAUAUGUGGCAUGUCGUAUGUUGGGACUAAGUGGUGGCACGCCCAAGUCUUCGGCAUACUAUGGUCAGGGAUCCGGAAGUAUCUUGCUAGAUGAUCUUCAAUGUAGUGGAUCGGAGUCUUCUCUGUUUGCCUGUAAUCGUCCAGCCGUGGGUUCUCACAACUGCGGACACGGCGAAGACGCAGGAGUUAUAUGCUCUUGAUCUACACAUCCUUUGGAUAAUUUUUUUAUCCCCCUCAAUUUUUUUAUUUUGUAUAGAGAACACAAUACGUUCACGUCUUUUGAAAAUUGAAAUAGAAAAGAUAUAUUUUACGAAAAAUCUUACUAAAUUAAAUGAUAAAUGGUAAAAAACAUUUGGAUGUGAAAACGAUUACUCUUCUUGUAGUUUGUAAAGUGCAGGUAAUUGACCAUUUCAAGUUUAUUCUUUAAAUUUGUAAAAUUAUGAGGAAAACACGGCAAAAAAAAUGAAUACAACUAAUAUCCCCCAUUUUAAACAGCUCUAUUUACAAUUUUAGAAUCGACAUUUGCUUGAUAAACAGUAAACCAUAAUUUACGUUGCAUUGUAAAUCUUUCAUUGAAAUACUAUCCCAAGUUUCAGCCAAAGUAAAAGAAAGAAAAAAGCAACAAACAAACAAACAAAUGAAAAAAAAGAAGAAAAAAAGACACUUAAUAAAUUUGAUUCUUCAAAAUACUACAGUAAUAAAGUGAUGUAUGCAAAGAAAACAUGUACGUACAUGUAGAUGUAAUAUAGGAAUGGAAAUACAUCUUCAGAUGUAUAACCUUUUUUACAAUGGAAUUAUUUAACAAAAAUAAAAAAGACACAAUUACAAUUUUGAAAAUUAACGCUCCAAUUACAUCGUUAAUUGCAUGUUAGUGUUGACAUACAAAAAAGUAAAAAUAAAUUCAAAAUGAUUAUAAAAGUGCAUUAAUCUCUUAUUAAGUAUUAAUAAACCUUAUUAAGGACAUCAUACUUUAAACACACACAUGUAUAAAAUCUAUUUCAUUGUCGGCCAUUCAGGCCAUCCAAGGCUCAUUUAAAUAAACAAUAUCUGACUCUUAAAGAGGCACGGUCACGAAUUUGGUAUAAAUGUAUUCUUCCGUUUUUAAUGCUUAAAAGGUUGUAGUAUUUAAUAGUCAACAAAAACUUAAUUGUCAUUGGUCAAGCUAUAAGCGAGAUACAGAGCUCACAAAUAUAUUUUUAUGUAAACUAAGCUCAUGUAACGUUUUGUUUACAUUUUGAAUUUCCAGAUUUAGACCAAAAAUGAAUGUGACAAACGCUAAGAACUGUUAUUUUUGUAUAUUUACAUUCUCCAGUGUCUUUGCCUGCGAUAACACUACGUAUCGAUUUUGUACUAUAUAACCCAUAAUACAAAUGACGCUAAAUUGAGGCGCCAGUGGGCUUUGCUUAUUUAUA